AUGAUCGCCAAGCGCCCGGCCUCUGUCAAAACUUCUGCUUGGAACAAGGAAAUCCUCACUGCCACUGACCGGGGCAUCUUGGACAUGCUCAGAAAGGACAAGCUGAUCGGUGAUUGGUCGGAGGCUACUUGUCCACGUUGCAAUGUCGGCAAGCUGGGUGGCCUCAUUACCCGUCCAAACUCAGAAUACUUCGCUCAUCGCUGCAAUCGCAAGAACUGCCAGUGCUACGUCUCGCCUUUGCAACUGCAUCCUCUGUUCACUCAGACCAUGGGACAGCAAGGGGUUUCACUGCAGAAGCAAGCUGCAGCACUCCUCCUUCGCCUUGUCAAUGUGCCCCUUGCCGAUAUUCACCUCCUGACGAACGUGAACCACAAAGCACUGGAGAAACUCAACAAGAAUUUGCUCUACUUACGGAAGGGCUAUGUUCACGAGACUGAGAAGUCUAUCCGCUUCGGAGGAUCUACCAGGUCCUGGAAAGACGUCGAGGUCGACGAGGCGACCUUUGACAAAAAAACCCUGGAGGCGGGGCAGAUCUCCGAAGCGGACGCCAGCAAAGGCAAGAAGGUGCAGUGGGAGCAGUGGGGGGGGCUGGUACAGCGAGGUGAUCCAAAAACCUUGGUGCUGGCCAGACUCAACCCUGCUAUCACUGUUCCUCGAGCACCAGGCCCGGGAGCCAUGCGGAAGACGGACUGGAAGCCACUAGCUACCAAGUGGUUGAAAAACCGGUCAGUCGUCCUUCAUUCGGACUCCGCUCGCUCAUACAAAAUGAAAGUGCCGGGCAUGGUGCAUGAUUCCGUCGUGCACAAGAAGAAGCGAGUGAAGCUCAACGGGAAGUGGGUUUGGAAGCCCCCUACCUAUGUCCGCACGACCACACACAAACUUCCAGGAGGCCGCAAAUUGAAGACAAAGGCCGGCACGCAGAUCGUAGACCGCGCGUGGCGGUUCAUAAAGGAUCGCUUGCGCCGAAACCAAGCUGCAAAGACUGGGUCUACCAUGCUUGCUGCCCAGAUCCGAAGUGCACAGUAUGAGUACUGGCACAGGAAGGACGAUCUGUGGCUUUGUACAGGGGAGCUGGUGGCCUGGUACAUGAAGGAUCUCUUGGCAAUCAAGUAG